GCACAAUGGCAAAGAGCAGUCUCACCAAGGUUAGGUGUUCCACCAGCUCCUGUCAAAAAUAGCAUUUGGUCAAGUCCUUAUAUAAGAUAUGGUCUCCCACUAGGUUUGCUAGCUACAGCAGGAGCAGUUAUGAUGUUGAAAAGAAAUAAAGCAAAUGUUGUAAAUAAUACUGAAGUAGCUGAAGUUAAACAAACUCCAACACCUUCACAAGCAAAACCUUCAAUGACUCCUGAACCUAUGGAAGUACAAACUCCUGUUCAAAAGUCAACUCCUAAACCGACUCCAACAUUUAAACCAGAACCUACUCCUCAAAUAAAUCGUAAAACUCCUGCGUUUCCUUACUGA